AGCUCGCGAGCUUUUCGCGCCACUGGCGUAGUUCGCCUCUCGUUUGUCCGAUUUUUAUUAAUCAGUUAAGCGAAGAGAGCGGUGAUGGGGACGUUAAAGUACUAGAUUAGUCAAAACUAUAGUUGAAAGCUUAUUUCUUUAAGCGACGGAGAGUGGGAAUUUUUCAGACUUCGAAGGAAGUUCUGUAGUAUGAGAUUCGGAUCCAGAAAACCAAGCCAAUGAAAAUCUGUACAUGGACAGAUCUGCAGGCUCAGAUGGAAAUGAAGAAAGAAGCAGUACCACAGAAAACAGAGGAAGAUUACAGUGUGGGUAUGUUGAGUCAUGAUGGUGCUUUAGCCCCAGUGGUGGUGCGACGUACUACAAGGCUGAGCAACAGGGGGCCAUCAGGGGAGAGGAGUACAUAUGCUGCAGUCUUUGGCAUGUCACAGCAAAUAACUGCAUGCGGUGAAAGACCAAAGACUGUGAACCAAGACUGUGCUCACAGAGGUUAUUUUCCAGGCAAUACAACAAGGAAGUCUUUGUCUGAGAUCAUCGGCAUUAAAAAAUGCUGCACAGUGAAUGAACUGGAUCAAGCUACACAGUUUUUGGGGGGCAAAUCUGAUCGUGGCAGAGGUAUUUGUACAGAUAUGGUGUUAAGAUCAAAGACGCCGAAGAACCUGUCCCUCAGCAGAGUUAACCGACGAAACAGGUUUGGAGAAACCCUGCUUCAUCUAGCUGUGAUGGACGAAGAUAUACAUUUGGUGAGAGAGAUAUUAAAAGUUGGUGCCUGUGCAAACAAAGCUGACUAUGCAGGCUGGACUCCACUACAUGUGGCAGCAGCUACAAGUCAUUAUGGCAUUGUCGUGACCCUGCUUGAGGCUGGGGCUGUGGUUAACUUCUCUGGAGACAAGGGUGUCACUCCACUUCAUGAUGCCAUAGAGUCAGGAAAUUAUAAGAUUGUAGAGCUGCUUUUGAGCAGUGGGGCAAAUCCAGUGCAGAGGAUGGAUGACGGAAGAUCAGCCUUAGACAUGACUAUGGAUGCUUGCUUGAGGAAACUGAUAGAAAGAUACCAGCCCAAAGCCAGUCAAUCAUCCCCAGGACAAUGUGAGCUUUGGAAAUGGUUUUGCCAAGAUGGAUCCAAGGUAGCAAAAUCUGCACUCGACAGUGAUGCCAAAGCAAGUUCCACUUCUGGAAGUUUUUCUCCAAAAAAGAUUGCAUGCAGUAAAAACCAACAAUCAUUUGGUGUGGAAGAAGUGUUAAAAUGUAGAGAUUCAAUAACUGCUGGGGACAAGGAUGCUGUUUUAUCAAAACCUGCCAUUGUGUUCGGCAAAGCUGGAAAUGGACAAGUUAUUGCAGAAGGAACUGAAGAGGAUAGUCAGGAUUCAGAUUUCACACCAGCCAUAACAGCGGACAAUGAAAAAGAACACUCAGAAUUGUCACUGUCACAAAACAAUGAGAGCAUAAUCAUUUGUACUGAAGAUUUGUUGGGGAAUGGUAGAAACUCAGAUGGUAACCUUGUGGCUGAUGUUGGAGAACAGUUUAUUCAUCAAAUCUCGGAAGACAAAGCUCAAGAGUGUCCUGAAUCUUUCACAGCCUAUUUAGAAGAAGCUACGGCUUGCUGUAGAGUCAGAAAUCAAAUGAAAGAGCAAAAUGAUUUACAAACAAAUUUUGACUUGGAGCAACACAAAAAUGGUAAAAAUGAAACUGUGAGAUGUGAUUUGAACAUAAAGCAGAACUUUGGCUACCAAACUCCUAAGCCUAUAAGAAAUCCCAGUAUUGCCAAGGAUUCUGUUGGAAAUUGUGAAAUCAGAACAUCAUUUGAAUCCAGAACAAGUGACCAUGAAGAUGAUGUGAAUGAAAAUAUGGAUGAGUGCAGCAUAUCACUGCUAUGUCCUUAUGCAAGGGAUUCAGAUCUUCUAUGUGCUCCAAAGGCUUGGCAUAGCCUGAAUGCUUGUGAAGGCGAAAGGUUGUCUACAGCAAGCAAUUCAACACCAUCGAUCAAAGGAUCAUCUAGCUUCUCGGACAGUAGCACACUAUCACUACUUUUAGAAAAAAGCAGAAGUUAUGAUAGAUUUUCAGCUUCUGAUUUAUGUAAAACUAGUACUGCAGAAUCACAGCAUGAAGUCUCAAGUUUUGGUGAACAAUAUGAUAUUGCCCUGUCUGAGAGAAUUUCAGAAUCUUUCGAGAUUAAAAAUCAGUCAGUUGAGCCAUUAAUUGCCUGUGAAAACAAAAAUAACAGCACUGAAGUGAACCAAACAUUGUUGGAACAAGAUAAUGACCGAUAUGAACCCACAGUGUGCAUGGAACAUAUAGAAAUGAUUCGUUUGUUGUCAGACAGUGAACUUUCCAACUUAUCUAAUCCUGAGACUCCAUACCCUGAGAAGGAUGCAUCGAUCUGUGUGCCUGUAAAUCCUAUAAAUGUAGAACAUUUUUGCAACUCACUGGAAGAUGAUUGUGGUGCCCUUUUAGCUUUGAGGGGUUCUGGAAGUUGCAGCUCCAGAGUAUUAUCACAAGAAAAUGGAUGUGACAUCACUAACUGGUUACUUGACUCUAACACCCAGGUGGGAUCACCGAAAGUUGUAGAGUGUGUAGAUCUUAUCUCUCAGACAAUAGAGGAUAUUUCACAGGGAGCAAUUGAAAAGGCAGGUUUACAAUGUGGCCAGGGGCUUCUCUCCCAACAAACAUUGUCAUGCCAGUCUGAGUUCCAUAUAAGUGAACAAGUUUCAGAGAAUGCUAUGAGUGACAAUUCUGGCUCUGUAUCCAAAAAGGAAGGACUGUUAGAAUCAGAAAACAACUUAAGCCCUCAUGUACUGAUGUCCACUUCUGAAAAUCUCCUGUGCAAAUUCUCCUGCAGUUCAAGUAAAUCACAGCCAAUGUGUCAUGACACACACAAUGAUGACGAAAACUGUUCAUUUGAUUCUGAUUGUACUUAUGUUUCAGAAUCUUGCUUUUUGAAAAGUACAGAAAUUGAGAAGUUGAACAAUGACAGCCUAAAUUCAGGUACCAGCCAGGAUGCAAGCAAUAAAUAUUUGAAGAGGCAGAGUAAGAAGCAACACGAUAAAUUUGGCAAAGGGUCUGACCAGAAAAGGGGUAAAUUAAUACAAGACAAUGUUUCCAACGUGGAUUCAAUCUACAUUCAAGAAGAUUGUGACCCAACUGACCAAUCUGCCAAUAUCCUAGAAAACCUGGAAAGUGGAAGUGACUCCAUUAACCCAGUUCCUUGCACAGUCUCUGUGCCUAUUUUAGGACAUCAAGUCCAGUUGAGAAGGAAAUCAGCUCCUCAGAGGACUUGCUGCAUGGACUAUUUGACUGAGGUUCUACCCAGCAAAAAGCGCAGAAGUAGCAAAAACUUUCAAUCUACCUCAUCCGCAUUAGACAAAGUGAAAAUGAAGCAAGACGAAAUACAGGCCAUGGAUUUGACAGACCCAGAGCAUAAAGGUAAAUUUACUGAGGCAUUUGCCCAGAUCCAGACAUUGCUCAAUGAUGUGCAGAACAAACACAAGGCAGAAAAUGAAAAUCUGACCAGAAAGUACAGGAUUGCCUCUGAUUCUUUUAAGCAUGGCACUCUCAGAGAACAAUUAUCAUCACUUUCUUCAAGGCAAAAACGCCUGUUGGAUAUACUGCAAAGACAGAACAAUCUCAGAGUUAGAUUUCAGAUGUUCCACAACAAGCCUUUUGAGAGUCAAACCACCACAGAAGCUCCUUGGACAAGUAUGAACAUAUGUGAUGCCGAAACAAUUCACAAAACCCAGUGGAGAGACUGUCACACUGGUACUCUGGACCAACUUUCAGAAGAAAACUGUUCAGGUUUCAGCUCAGCUUUGAGCCUCUGCAAUGAAGCUGUUUUACUGAGCUGCAGUGACCAAGCCCAAGUUACUUUGGGUAUCAAUUAUGCAGGACCCCAGUUCACAGUUAAGGAACUACCCACAGAUUCAGGCACAUUUUUUGAUGGCUUUGUGAAUGUUGAUAACCAAGCAGACAUGCCACCCAGUUUCACAGUCCAGGCUAGCCCAGUUGCAGUUCACACUGAACACAUUGAAUCACAGAUUGUUAAGGCACCAUCUGAGCUGGCUCAUCUUAUUAAACGAGGCACCAUCAAACCUGGAGAGAAUGUGUUCAGGCUAAAGUUGAAGGGUAAUUGUCACAUAGCUUCCCUCCAGGAAAAUGGAUCUAUAAAGGACACAGGAGGUCAAGUCUACAUUUCUCCAGAGCAGUGGAUUGGAUCUGUUUUGGGGCCCAGUGUUCCUAUGAGCCCAACAUAUGCAUGGAAAAAGGUGACAUACAGGUCCAAACCACUCUUAGAAUACAUAAAGAAGGCUGGCCCAGUGGCCGACGACUCCACAGCAUCACAGCAAAACUGUCCAUCCAAAGUCACACCUCCAGAUCUCCUUAAAGAGAUGUGUACCAAGUCCUCCAUCAGUGAUUUAACGAGGAUACAGACCAUUCUUCUAGUAAGUGACAGUGAGUUCAUGAACAACUAUGAACUGGACCAACAUUGGAAGAGGCUGUUAGAGUCUGAUGACUGGACCAUUUGAGGAGACCUUUCCAUGUGUACAUGCAUGCAAUGUGUACAACUGUUUAGAUUAAAUAGAUUCGGUUAUAAUUAUUUUGACCUAUUGAUCAUAUCAAAUUUGUAUAUUUAUCUGUUCUUAAAGUUCUAGUGAUGUUCUUAAAAUGUUCCUGUUUUAUGUAACAUGAACAUUAAGCAUUAGGUUGUGCCAUUCUUGUUGAGCACUCAAAACUUAAAUAAAACAGCUUUUGACUAGG